AUGGCCAUCCAGGGAACCAUCCAGGUGGCCAUCCAGGGAACCUUCCAGGUGGCCAUCCAGGGAUUCAUCCAGGUGGUCAUCCAGGGAACCAUUCAAGUGGCCAUCCAGGGAACCUUCCAGGUGGCCAUCCAGGGAACCUUCCAGGUGGCCAUCCAGGGAACCUUCCAGGUGGCCAUCCAGGGAUCCAUCCAGAUGGCCAUCCAGGGAACCAUCCAGGUGGCCAUCCAGGUGGCCAUCAAAGGAACCAUCCAGGUGGCCAUCCAGGUAACCAUCCAGGUGGCCAACCAGGAAACCAUCCAGAUGGCCAUCCAGGGAUCCAUCCAGGUAACCAUCCAGGUGGCCAUCCAGCCAUCUAUCCAGGGAACCAUCCAGGUGGCCAUCCAGCCAUCUAUCCAGCGAACUAUCCAGGUGGCCAUCCAGGGAACCAUCCAGGUGGCCAUACAGCCAACUAUCCAGGGAACCAUCCAGUUGGCCAUCCAGGGAACCAUCCAUGUGGCCAUCCAGGGAACCAUCCAGGUGGCCAUACAGCCAACUAUCCAGGGAACCAUCCAGGUGGCCAUCCAGGGAACCAUCCAGGUGACUAUCCAGGGAACCAUCCAGGUGGCCAUCCAGGGAACCAUCCAGGUGGCCAUCCAGGGAACCAUCCAGGUGGCCAUCCAGGGGACCAUCCAGGUGGCCAUACAGCCAACUAUCCAGGGAACCAUCCAGGUGGCCAUCCAGACAACCAUCCAUUUGACUAUCCAGGGAACCAUCCAGCUGGCCAUCCAGGGAACCAUCCAGGUGGCCAUCCAGGGGACCAUCCAGGUGGCCAUCCAGGGAACCAUCCAGGUGGCCAUCCAGGGAACCAUCCAGGUGGCCAUCCAGGGAACCAUCCAGGUGGCCAUCCAGGGAACCAUCCAGGUGGCCAUCCAGGGAACCAUCCAGGUGGCCAUCCAGGAAACCAUCCAGGUUGCCAUUCAGGGAACCAUCCAGGUGACUAUCCAGGGAACCAUCCAGGUGGCCAUCCAGGAAACCAUCCAGGUGGCCAUCCAGGUAAACAUCUAA